GCGCAGACAGCUAUAACUACCCUAAUCAACACUUGAAGUCUAACUGGACCUCAAAAGCAUCGGCGUUUCAAGGUAGGCAUUUACAGCCUAUAUUUUGUAGGGCUUUUAACAGCGCAUAAAGCGAGCUGGUAUAGAUAUUCACAAGUCGUUGCAAUGGAAAAAGCAUGUAUAAGGGCAUCAUUGUUAUGCUGUGCUCAUGUUAUGAGGCACAGAUUUUUUUAUGCUGCGCUGUUAAUAGGGGGUAGAUAUACAUAUGGGCCAUGGCUUAUCGCAUCUAUAUUCGAGAACUAAGAUAUCUUGUAACAGUAUAUAUCUCUACAUUUUCCAACAUUUGUCAUAUAUUUUAGCAAGAAGGUAAAGGUACAGUAUGUUAGUUUCGCACAGCCAGUGAAAUCCAAAACGUGUUUUUAACAGUAAUCAGCAUGAGAUUUUUGAAAACAAUUAUGCCUAUUUAUAGCCAUUAUUGAAUUGGUCGUUGAAGUAUCGAAUAGAACUGAUCCUGCUCGCAUGAAAACAUUAGAAUAAGAACAUUUUAAUCAACCUAGAGGCAGGAUUUUUUUCAGGAUUUUCUCUUGGGUCCGUUUUUGCCGAGAAGAUUGAGUUUAGCUGAACAGUUGGGGUGGUUGCACCCCCUCCCCCCUUCAAUAAAUGUAGUUGAGACGCAAUGUGUUAAAGCAGGGGCACUAAGGGACACUAUAUACUGGUUAAACAUGGCGAAUGCGUAGUUUUUCUUGUGUUGUGAGAUGAAUUCCAGCCAUUAUUUUCCUUAAUUUUCGGGUUUCCAACUGAAAACUAAUUUUCACACGUCACGAAUUUAACUCAAACAACUUCAUUUUUACUGCACCGAAUCUUUUGUGAGAAGAUUGAGUUUCAAAAUUCAAUUCAAGAUUGAGUUUUUGGGGCCGUUUUACGGCCCUAAAAAAUCCCUGAAGAAAACCCUGAGAGGCACAGAAGAUUUUUGAAUUUCAACUACAGAUUUCAGCUGAUAAACAUCAGCUAUAGAUUAGCCGGACCCAAGCGUUCAAUAUCAAGAUUAGAAUAUUAAUAUUAAAGCUAAUUUAUAUUCUAUAAUCAGAGCAGUUCAACUUUACCCCCUCUUGAAGCUUCUAGUCAUGUGCGUUGCACAUGCAAGGACUGAUUAAGCUGCAUGCUGACGUAAAAACGCACAAGUUGUAACAAACCUGCAGCAGACUUGUAGCAAUGCUGUUCCAGCAACUUGUCAACAGGAUGUGUUCGCACUGCUUGUUCCCAGCUUGUUGCCAACUUGCUACAAGGUUGUUGAACUCAACAGACUUGUUACAAGUCGUUGCAACGACUUGUUAUCGUCCUGCAAUUCAACAAUUUGUCAACAAGUCGUGAGUUACAACCUUGUAUAAAAUAACAACAUUGUUACAACUUGUUAUGUCACAAACAAAAAAGGAAAAUUGCAAGCCUCUUCCAUAAUGAGCCUCUCAAACCAAAUAAUGCUCGUAGACAGUGCACCUGCUGAAAUUGAUCAAUAUUCCGAUGUUUCUCGAUACCGAUAUUGUGUCUUCUUGCUCUAGCCAUAAAAACGCGUAAAAAAUCGGUGGCAUAGGUUGGAUUCUCGCUACAGACUCGUGCGAAAAGAGUCAGUCAACGCUCUGCCGAAAGUCGUGGGUUUUCUCCGGGUGUUCCGAUUUCUUCCCACAGGGAAAGUUGACAGGGUGGGUUAGGAUAAACACAGUUAAGAAAGGAAUAUCACAAUUGUUGUAAAGAUAAAAUAGUCUAGGCUAAGUAUGGAAUUAGGCAAGCGUAAUAUGUAAAGCGCAUUUGCUGUCACGGCAAUUAGUGUAGGUAAUCGCAUGGGCCGAGUAAAAUUAUUAAAGUUUAAUUUCACGCGUGUUUUCAAAGUUUCACAAUUGGGACAAUUUGCGAAACUUCGUUACUUUGAAAACACAAGAGAAAUUAAAACUUAAUUUUCCGAGGAACUAUGCGAUUACUUGUUAAUCAUAGAGGGCAAAAUUUAUUCGUAAGUUAAUUGUGAACUUAUCAAGUUCUUGAAACUCGUAUGUCUCCAUGUCUUCGCCGCGAUGUUUCUUAAUGCUGCCCUUUUCUUAAAUACUCCAACCAAUAAAUUUGUACUUUUUCUAGUGUUCAAGCUCUCACUAGAAGUUUUUUAAUUAUUCAAUAACAUCAUUAUCCGCGACGGCAAAGCGAGAAGCCAUUGUUUUUGUUGCUAUUUAAAACAAGAAACUUCCCGUGCUUGCAUCUCAGCCAAUCAGGUACAAGUAAUUUUGCCCUGAAUUAAGAAAAAAUGCCCUCCUCAUUAACCAAUCAUAUUUGAGUAAUUUUGCCCUCUAUAUGAUCAAAAUAGAAAUUCGUGUUCAUCAACCGUAUCCAACAGAUGACGCGACAGGUGCAUGUCUAUAAAAUCUUCAUUAUGUAACGCGUAACAGACGAACAAUCGAGUAGUAGAUUUAGGACACUAUCCUAGAGAGAUAACCAGUUGUUAUGUGAAUCAUUCUGACAGCAUGAAUGGAUGACCUCUCUUGGCCUUUACAUAUUCAUGCGAACGAUAUGAAUGUGUUUUGCUCGCAAAGUUAACAUAUACAAGUUGAAUAGCGCGCUACGGGAGAAGGCUUAGCACAACCGGGGGGCUUUGGAUGGAUGACGGCUAGCUGAAUAACAGUGUCAUAGAGCUGUACCAAUAUUUUAUUUUAAUCUUGAAAGCAUUGGUAGGCUAAGAUCAAACUGUAUAUUGCAUUACAUUUAAGGCAAAUAUAAGCUUUAAAGAACUACGAUUUCAACUGCAAGCCAUAACAGGUGGUCAUAUAUAUUGGCAAUUUCAAAGAGAACAUAUUUUAUUGGUGAAAUGAAUGAUAGCUCUAAAAGUGUAUGUACCAUGUCGUAAAUGUUAAGCCGGACUCAAACAGUGUCUUGACAUCGUGAGAUUAACCGAUAUUUUGAGAUUUGAAAAUAUGGGACUGGAACACAGAUUAAGUAUAAACCAGAUGUGUAACUUCGUAGGACUUCGUGUCCUCAAAUUUCCCUAGGCUGUCUCGUCAUGACAUUUGCUAGGAAGAUGGCGGCGUAACAUUAGUAUUAUCAAAUGACGAAUUAUCACGGGAGCACACUUGCUAGGAUUAGGAAGAUGGCGAUCGUAGGACAACUUUUUUACUGAAGUUACACAUCUGUUAAUACUUAAUCUGUGACUGGGAGCAGGCAACUGGUCAGCAUUAGACGCGCGACAUGAUCUUCGCUGCUGUAACAACAACCCUAGGGCCUAACUUCCAUGCAAACUGGAAAUUUAAAAAAUAUCGAUAACCAUCGCUAGAACUAAGACGUAAGUUUUAAAUUACCAUAAUUAUGAUAAUAGCGUGUAAUACAUACUAAUUUUAUCUCAUUUUGAAUAUUCGUAUAUAGUUUUUGAAUAUUUUGCAUGCACUAGUUUUCAAAUAAAAUGCGCUUUACAAUACAUUAUACAAAAUAUUAUGUUGAACAGCGCGCUACUGUAUGAAUAAACGUUCUUAUUAUUCCCCAGCCCCUUUUUCUAACAUCUAUUUUCUUGCUUGGGAGAAAAUAUUAAAACAAGAAAGCGGAACAACACGAGCCAACGUUUCACAACAAUUUUUCACGGCAUGUACACAAGGAAAAUCUUGCGGUUAGCAGUUCACUUUGUGAUUAGUUAUUUAGUCUAAUUUAGAGGAAUACACGUCACUUUUUGACAUGACCAAGCAUUAAUAAACAAUCGUUCUCCCGUGAUACCCGAGUCGAAACGGAAAACAUGAAAUGUUUGUAGGAGCUUCGGCAUUUUGAAUACAAUACGUGAGAACAGCUUAAGACCUCACUGCUAUAGUCUAUAUAGAGGAGUAUGUUUGAGUGAUGUUUGAAACAAUUCUGAAGGAGGCGACACGACAUCAAAGAAGGUAAAACAUCAAAGUAGUACACGCACGUAUUAUGCUUCAGCCGAUGUCUCAAUGGCCGAUGCACAUUCUCAUAACAAGGUCUCGUGUUAUCAGUUGGAAUUAUUGACUCCAUUGAAGAACAACAAAACCGCCAUACAUCUGCCGUCCACAAGUCAAUAUGCCAAUGCUAUCAUCUUCUAUAGUUUUUGUCCAUUUCAACGUAACACCAUUGUGCGGCUCUGUUCCAAUAUAUAAUACUGAUCGAGGCAGGACUACCGAUUCGGAAGGCAUGGGCCGCAUGGCCAACCAUUUGAGACGCCUUUUGCGGAGAAUACAAUCUCUCUCCACAACUUGCGGUUAAAAACUCAAAACAAACUUUUGCCCAAUCUCUAAAUCCCUUGGUUGUCUUCUCAUUACAACCCACUUCUCGCUUCAAUAAUAAGCAAAAAAAAAUAGUGCGUUCUUCCGGUGUACAAAACUGUCGAAGUUUUGGAAGCCCCAGAGUUUCCAGGUUUAAAAAAACGCCUUAAAAAACUUAAAUAUAAAUUUAUCCGACCAUAUAAACAUGCUGGACACUAGUCUUGUAAACAGAGCCGUAGACUAAUCGUCUGCAUGUGUUUUUUUCAUUAUAUUUUACAAAUUCCGUCGUAUCCAUUUCAGGUUCUGCUGAGGAUCGAAGCAUAACGUUAUCGCAAACAUGGUUGAACUAGUGAGGCUCGUCGAACUCAUAGCAGUCGGGGUGAUAUUCUUUUUCGGUGUCAUAUGUAACUGUGUAGUUAUCCGCAGUAUCAGUUUGGCACGAAGCAUGCGAGGCGCGGUCCCUUACAACAUCAAGAAUGAAUGUGUGAAUCUGCUCGUAAUGAACCUAGCUAUAACAGAUCUGCUCAUAUUGCUUGUGAGUAUACCCAUGGAUAUUGUCCCUGAGCACAUUUCGUGGCCGUACGGGACAUUUGUGUGCAAGUUCAUAUCGCCAAUACAAGACAUUGGUUUGACUGCCUCGACGAUGACCUUCAGCGCUAUUGCCGUAGAGCGUUAUUUGGUUUCCAAAGGAGUUGUUCAUCAGGGCGCUCGCAACGCGAAAUUGGUAAGAGUCAAGCCCGGAUCAAACGCGAGGAUGAGUGUGCAUGAGAGUUGACAGUCACGCGAUCUUGGUUAGCUGUUCUUAAUGCUUUCCCAACACUAUCAUGUAUUCUAUUUAAGUUAAAACAUAGUUGGGAAACUCAUCAAAACUUUACUUUGUUAAUCUAGAGCUUGAAAUGUCCUCUGUGGCAAUACGCGACUGUCAACUCUCAUUAAUCUCAUUCUCCUUUGAUCCGAUCAACGAACUUUAUUUAUAUUGGGCUAGCUGAUACAAUAUAUAGUGGGUUUCAAGCAAUCCGGAAAUAAUCACAUUCUAAUAAGAAUCUUUUGUUUAAAUGCCCUCCAUGUGCAGUGAACUGUAGACUGAUGAAAGCCACCUAUAGCAAAAGCAAUUAAGGCCAUAUAUAUUCACGGGGUGUAGAAUAUAUUCAGGAAGGCACAAUUGUUACUUGCGGCGUCCCCCUUGGGGGGGGGGGGGGAUGACCCCAAAAGAGGAAAGGCUUCAAAAGCUAAGUACUCAGUCUUUGAGCCUCUUUUAUCGUCCCCUAGAUUGCCAGGGAAGAAAUUCGCCCUUCCCAAAUGGAAGCAAAUAUACAUUCAUAUCUACAUAAUUAUGUUUUAGAUAAUCGCUGGGAUCUGGCUCGUAUCCUGGCUAACCAUGGGACUUCCUAUGGCAAUAUACAAACAACUCAUCAUGGACGAAACCAGAGUAGAAUGUGACGUCAUCUGGCCGAAUAAAUAUGUCGCAGACUUUUUCUUGUUUUACAUGAUAGCAUUGGUUGGCGCAUGCGCAAUCACGGGCGCUUUGGCGUACUGUGGAAUCAGGCGAAGUCUCGCAAAGGUACGGCAAAUUUAUAACAAGGAGAGAUCGCGCGAGAAUGUCGAUCAAGUAAGCGAUGACGCAUUGGCCGAACAAGUGCUCAAGAUCUCAAAUCUUAUCUGCGUGCUCAUUUCCGUGUUCGUGAUUUGCGUGUUUCCGUUCCCGUUGUUCGUGGUGCUAAUAGAGACAGACGUGCUCGCGAACUUUCGCUACAACUAUGUGAUAUACCUGGCCACAUCUUGUCUUCUGUAUGGAAACUGUCUGGCGAACCCGCUUAUAUUGAUGUUCAUGAGCAGGGACGCGCGGACUGCGUUAAUUGAAAAGAGAUCCAGCACGCGACGGAUUGAAGCCACGGAACAUAUCAGAUUGGAGGAUGCCUAAGGAUGCCCUUCACUGAAGUCAAAUGUCUGAUUUUCUGUCUGAGUUGUGGAUGAAGUUGUAAUAAGAGUGUAGUUGUAAUACAUUGAUUGUUCAAAAGCUUAACCCUGGGUUGACGUGAAAUCCAAGGUUUCUCAGCAGCUUGCUUGUCCUAAUCAUCAGAAGUUUAAUUUUCUCAACUUUUGAAAGAAACAGUAAAAUAGGUGUAACGUCUGGUUCAUAUAUAUACCUGCGGUAUGUCGGCGGGCUAAUGUCGUCAGCAGUUUUCACAAAAGAAUUCACAAAAGAAUGUAUGCAUCAACAGCUGCAAACAAUGAUAGCACAGGCAUAUGUGAACCAGGUUUAAACGGUUUUAAGUAAGGGCAUUAUUAUCAUACGUAGCUAUUGUAAUUCCAAGUUGCGAUACUUGGUGUUAGCGGCACCUUAAACUCACCAGUACCACCAAGCUUAUAGUUUAGUAGUUUAAUAAAUAUGCCUUACGAUUCAAUACAUUAUGAUAAAAUCAUAAAUUACAUUCACAUAAUUAUACACUAUAAUAAAAUCAUAUACAUUGAUAGAAAAUAAUUCCACUCAAUCCAAUUCGUAUUUUAGACUUAUACAAGACUUUAAAAUUAAAGUCUUAUUCUCAUUCUUUAAAAUUAACGAGAAAUCUAGAAGGCUACAUCUACUACUUUCCAUGUAUAUCUAAUUAAUAGACUACACUAUCAUGUGAAUAAAAUAAUCGAACUACUCACGAAUUUCUAAUUGAUGAGAACGCUUACAUGACAUUAAUGAGACGCUAAUGAGACACUAUGAUUUACAAUUAUAUAUUUGUAUCUGAAUCUAGACUGUUCGUGUGCAUGGCUUUAAAAUAGUGUCUAUUUGCAAGGAUUGUAAGUUGUUCUUUCACAAAAUUGGUAGGUUAAUGACCUAAUAAUGACAUUUGUGUCUUUUCAUCGCUAGUAUACGUCUAGGUGAUUUAGAUCGAACUGGAAAAAAUUGUUGUCAGCGUUAUAAAAUGUUUAUUUGUCUUUAAUAUAGAAAGAAAUAUAAAAUAAUGGAAAGUAUAGACACUGCCUGAAUUUGCUCGAGUGCAUAGUACGAAACAAUAGCUUGAAAUCAAGCCAGACAAUCGAGUAGUCCAUUGUAAAUAUAUAAAAGUUAGUUUUUAUUGUCAGUCAACAAAUUCAGGAAGUGUCUAUUGGCGACCAUUUUUUGAACAUUAUCACUGCCUUCCUGGAACAGGAAUGCAAGUUGGUUAGUUAGGGACUGGUCAUAAAGUAACUGCUAGGGUGGGCUGGAGGUAAAUCACAAAUUUUGCCAAUAAGUUUGGUGACCCAUCUUAGGAUAUAGAUAAAAAUUUCAAAGCCCAUCUAAUCUUACAAAAAAAUUUUAUGACCCACCCAAUUUAAAUUGGGAAAAUACACUUUUAUAAUAAAAAAAACUUGCAGGUAUAUGAACAUUGUAAAUAUACACCGGCACAUUGUAUUGACAUACAUAAUUCCACCAAGCUUGACCAACACAUUCAUCACCAAUUACGAUACUGAGCUGCUCUCCAGUUGGUUGUAUUUGCUGUGAUUCGACGUCGCACUUCUUCUUGUUGUAUAAUUAAAGUACUGGCUUCAAUAGUAUCAUUUGCAUUUGAUAAUGUGGAUAGUUUUGUUUACUUUUAUUAUUAAUCUCUUUAUUUUCUGAAGUAGACACCGUGCAUGGGUUUUUGUUUGGUGGCCCAACCGUGGACAUACAAAAAAAUUGGCGGCCCAUCGAAACUGCCCAAAGAUUUUCCAUGGCCCAUCCCAAAUCACUCCAGCCCACGGCCUAGCAGUUACUUUAUGACCGGUCCCUUAUUGAGAUCAUUGGGUCAUCACUACAAACAUGUGAGCCAUAAUGAAAGCAUAUUUAUCAGUAGCAUCACCACCCACGAAGCUAUUCGACCGCUGCAUCUAUUAUAAGUACAUUUCAUUUUAAUAUCUCGUAAUUUAGGACAGGUCUCCUUCCUGGGCUGUGUGUGAUCAAUAUGUUUACAAGUGCCAUUCACAAUCCGAUAAGCACCUGCGUCAAACACUUGGUUGCUAAUGCGACAAUUGAAGUUGUAAAAAAAUGACUGACGGUAGCGUGUCCAGUUCUCGAUCACGAGAAGAUAUAGGUUGGUCUUCGGUAAAGACGUGAAAAAGUAGUUGCCACUUGUACAUGGCCCAGACGAAUUUCCAGUAAAAACUUGCUCGUCUAAAAAUAAGGUCUUUCUU